AUGGUAGAACAGGAGAAUGACUCUGCUCACGGUGAUUAUGUGCAAACUAAGGAGGCCAGUUUAAUAGAACACGCCCCAAUACCUCAUGACGGACUUACUGUGGCACCUCAUAGAACCCAGCGAGAAGCUGUACACAUUGAGAAGAUAAUCUUGAAAGGAGUCCAGAGAAAAAGGGCUGACAAAUAUUGGGAGUACACCUUUGAAGUAAAUUGGUCUGAUCUUUCAGUCACAACAGUAACAAAAACCCACCAAGAACUACAGGAUUUUCUACUGAAGCUUCCCAAGGAACUGUCUUCAGAGACUUUUGACAAGACCAUUCUGAGAGCCCUGAAUCAGGGGUCACUGAAGCGGGAGGAACGGCGACAUCCUGAUCUGGAGCCCAUCUUAAGGCAGCUAUUUUCAACCUCAUCACAAGCUUUUCUCCAGAGUCAGAAAGUCCACAGCUUUUUUCAAUCCAGAUCCUCAGACCCUCGACACAGCCUCAAUAAUUUACAACCUUCUCUGAAGACUUCCAAGAUAUUAGAACACUUAAAAGAAGACAGCUCAGAAGCUUCAAGUCAAGAAGAAGAUGUAUUACAGCACACCAUUAUACAUAAGAAACACACCGGGAAGAGUCCCACAGUGAACACCGUUGGUACAAGUUGUUCUCCAUUGGAUGGGCUGUCCCUGCAGUAUUCUGAAGAGAAUGGCAUUGUGGACUGGAGGAGCCAAAGCUGCACUAUGAUUCAGCACCCGGAGCACUGUGCGGCCUUAGCUGACCAGCAUUCAAGUGAAAAACGAAGCUUAUCUUCAAUAAAUAAGAAGAAAGGAAAGUCACAAGUAGAAAAAGAGAAAAUUAAGAAAACUGACAACAGAUUGAAUAGUAGAAUAAAUGGUAUUAGACUCACCACGCCUCAGCAUUCCCAGGGUGGUUCUGUGAAAGAUGCGAAUUUGGACAUUGGAUCUGGACAUGACACAUGUGGAGAAACAUCUUCAGAGAGUUACAGUUCUCCCUCUAGCCCACGACAUGAUGGAAGAGAGAGUUUUGAAAGUGAAGAAGAAAAAGACAGAGGUUUGCUCUUUGGAGUGAACAUGGGGGUAGUGGAGGACACAGACAGCAAUUCUGAUGAUUCUGGGAAUCCAUUGGCAACCAGGUUUACAACAUACAGCUCUGUCAACCAGGCUGUCACUGUCCAGCCACCUGUGGAAAUGGCCUCCUUAGGAAACGACAACGGAAGCCUUUUAGACGAUCCCUUAAACUCGCCCAAGUAUCAGCAUAUUUCUUUUAUGCCAACUUUACACUGUGUCAUGCACCACGUUGCCCAGAAGUCUGAAGUUGUCGUUCCUCCCCCCAAAUCUGCUGAUGGCAAAACAAUAGGCAUGCUUGUUCCGAGCCCUGUUGCUAUUUCUGCAAUUAGGGAGUCCACCAGUGCGACCCCUGUUGGGAUAUUAGGACCGGCAGCUGCUGCUGGUGAAUCAGAAAAGCACCUGGAACUGCUGGCUUCCCCUCUGCCUCUUCCGUCAGCGUUCCUUCCUCAUAGCAGUACUCCUGCUUUGCACCUAACGAUUCAGAGGCUGAAGCUGCCACCGCCACAGGGAUCUUCCGAGAGCUGCCCAUUGAACGUCCCUCAGCAGCCAGCUGGGAGUCUGAGCAUCGGAUCACCAAACACAGCCUUCAUUCCUGUCCAUAAUCCGGGCAGUUUCCCAGGAUCUCUUGGUGCUGCCACGGACCCCAUCACCAAAUCUGCAUCCCAAGUGGUAGGACUCAAUCAAAUGGUGCCUCAAAUUGAGGGAAACACAGGGACAGUCCCUCAGCCUACCAAUGUGAAGGUAGUUCUUUCAGCAGCUGGCCUCUCAGCUGCACAGCCACCAGCUCCCUACACCCUCCCGGGCUCUCCCAUCGCUGCCAGUGUGUUAGCCAGCCAGAAUUCCAGUGUGCUCAGCACAGUGUCCACCUCCACCCAGUCCGCGGGAGCCGGCAUGAGUCAGGCCCAGUCUGCAGUCCCUCCUGUGGUUCCUACCCACACCCCAGGCCCCGCCCCCAGCCCAAGCCCUGCUCUGACACACAGUACUGCACAGAGCGACAGCACCUCUUACAUCAGUGCCGUGGGAAACACGAACGCUAAUGGGACAGUGUUGCCGCCGCAGCAGGUGGGCUCAGGUCCUUGUGGUUCUUGUGGGCGAAGGUGCAGCUGUGGGACCAAUGGAAACCUUCAGCUAAAUAGUUACUAUUAUCCUAACCCAAUGCCAGGACCGGUGUACCGACUCCCGUUCUUCCCUCUGCCAUCCCUAUGCAAUGGCAGCUACCUCAACCAAGCACAUCAGAGCAAUGGAAACCAACUUCCUUUCUUUCUGCCUCCGACACCAUAUGCAAAUGGACUGGUGCAUGACCCCGUCAUGGGGAACCAAGCCAGCUAUGGCCUGCAGCAGGUGGCAGGAUUUGGGAGAUACUAUCCUGUAUAUGCAGCACCCAGUGUAGUUGCCAACACGAGUGGUUCGGGGCCCAAGAAGAAUGGGAGUGUUUCAUGUUACAACUGUGGUGUAAGCGGACACUUUGCACAGGAGUGUAAGCAGUCGUCCAUGGAGGCCAGUCAACAAGGCACUUACAGACUGAGAUACGCACCUCCCCUCCCCCCUUCUAAUGACACGUUGGACUCUGCAGACUGAACCGAGUAAAGCUUGCCUACCUACCUAACACACUGAAGUGUGGGGAGUCAUGGUGGGGUGUGGAGGGGAGGAAAGGAAAGGUAUUCUGUUUGUGUUUUUUUGUCUGUACAUUUCUGAGAUGUCUACACAGUUGGGGUUUUUCGUUUCUCCUGUACUGAUGUCCAAAACAAAAAAAAAGAAUGCAUUGCUUUUGAGCCUCUGGUCUCCUGGUUCAACAACAGGCUUAUAUGUAUGAUUCAUGUUAAACAUCCAAACAAACUAUCAAAAGGAAAAUGGAUGCGUGGUUUUUUCUUUACACUGAAUCCUUGCUGUGUGUAAUGUUUACUGAAUUUCUAAAACUGUGUAUCUGACCUUUUUUUUUACAACACUAGUGACAGUUGUAUGGUUUUGAAAAAAAUACUUUGCUUCUUCCCCAGCUUUUCUCACUUUCAUCCUAAAGUACACCUUUCUCCCCCCAACCCCCGUGUUCCAGUGGCACGCUGCAUGGGGCAGACGGUGCUUUGGCCCACACUUCUGUAAACUGCUCUACACAUGAAUUGAGGGUAAACUGUUUCACUUUCAUCAUAAGGGAGAAAACAGAUUCCCCAAGUAGGCAGUAUACUUGUAAUAAACAGCACCACAUAAAUACAUACAUGCAGCACUUGUUUUCCAAAUAAAAGUUAAAAUAAGUGGAAGAAGUGAAACCAUAUGAAACUGAAAAAAUAUGAUGUAUGAAGUGGACAAAGAGCUUUUUCUUACAAAUAAACAACUUUUUACUUCAUCAUACUUUUGUAGCCUGUUGCUCAGAGAGACAUAAAGUGAACAAACUAGUGUGAAUACUGUCCUCCGUGUUUGUGUUGGCAAUGGCAGUCGACAGACUAUUUUACUUGUAGUCUACCAUUGUGUCCUGCUGAGACACUACCUGAGCGAAGAUCUCUCCUUUUCCUACACCAACUGUUACAGUGUUCUGUUGUGUUGACAUGUGUAUGGUUUAUUGCAGUCUGAACAGAAGCUCUGCAUUUCUGCAAAAGUCAGGUAUUUGUUCCUAAUCUGUCUCUUGUAGCAAAGUCACUUUUAUACCAGUUUACCACUGUGCUUGAUUAUAAUGUGAAAGACUGAAUUUGGAGUGUGUUAAGAUGGUAUUAAUCAUGUCAGUGUCAUGUCACUAAGUUUAAUGCUGCUGUUUAAAAAAAAAAGAUUUUUUUUAAAAGCCAAUCUCUGUACUAAACUGCUUCCAGGUAAUUUUUGAUUUCCUAAAGUGCACUGAGGUUAUCUGGAGAUUGGGUGUGUUUGUGGACUGCUGCAUUCAACGGCAAUGAGCACCUGCCGCUGUAUGGUCAUGAGUAAGGGGUUUGGGUCUGUUCCUGUCCCUCAGCACAGAGCAGACACAAAAGGCUUCUGUUGUGCAAGGCAACAUUGGUGUGAAGGAAGGAACCUGGUCUUGCUUCAGAAGCCUAACAGAUUGCUAGACAAGAGGAAAAACUUGAAGAAAAAGAAGUUUCAUCCAAUGCUUCCUGGAUAUCAUUUCUAUUUAUAGCACCAAUGUACAUUUUGAAACUUUAUUUCAGGGGUAGGGAUUAAAGGGGGAGGGACGGGUGUGAAGGGAUAGAUGAAAGCUUUAAUUUAAAAAAAAGGAAAAGUUUGAGUAAAGGAAAUUAUUUUGAUUAAUUAUAUUUUAUUUGAUCUGGGUAUUUUUGGACCACAUUAUUAAAUUAAUUGUUAAGCUACAGUUGAGUUGUUCAAGUGAGAGUUUUGAUAAGCCACAUAUGGACCGCGUUGUGAAUCACUCGCCAGUUGUACUUUAUGGAGCUUAUUUUAUGAUUUUAAAUACUGUACUGUACAUAGGAGGUGUGUUGCCUUCUCCUUAUUUGUAUGUUUACCAUAUACUUUGAUAUUUGAAAUGUUAUGUACUGGAAAGGCCACUUAUAUUUCUAGAACAGAUUGGAUUUUAUGCAACCUUUUUUCCUUGAAUUAACAGCAAUAAAAAAAUGAAAAGCA